AUGCUUGGGCAGGAUAAGGACCCUCUAGGUGGGCAAUGGAGAGAAAAUGGCCCCUGGUGUCUUCCGUGGGAUAGAAGCACGCAUCUCCCCUGCCUCGUUCACCCGUCCGUCGUGCCGAAAUCCAGCGGCGAGUGCCGGGGCUGCACCGGGGAGCCCGGGGGGGCGGCGGCGGCGGCGGCGGUCCCCGGCAGUGCCGGGAUGCGGGGCGGGGCACGGAAAAUCAAAACUUUGUUGACGGUGAACAUCUUGGUCUUCGUGGGCAUCAUCCUCUUCUCCGUCUACUGCAGGAUCCAGGACCGCUCCCAGGAGCUGGUGCAGAUCGUCCGGAGCGCGGACCGCCGGGCCAGGAGCCGCGGCGCCAAGGUGGGCAGCCUGGCCGACAGGGAGUCCAUCCUGCAGCGCCUGGACCACCUGGAGGAAGUGGUCUACAACCAGCUGAAUGGUCUGGCAAAGCCUAUGGGAUUAGUUGAAGGUCCAGGAGGCCUGGGCCAGGGGGGAAUGGCUGCUACCCUGAGAGAUGAUAGCCAUGAAUCGGAGACUAAGUAUGAAGAAUAUGGUUACAAUGCCCAACUCAGUGACAGGAUAUCACUGGACAGGUCCAUCCCUGACUACAGACCAAAAAAGUGCAAACAGAUGACCUACCUAGAUGACCUGCCCCAGAUCUCUGUGGUCUUCAUAUUUGUAAAUGAGGCACUCUCGGUCAUCCUGCGCUCUGUGCACAGCGUGGUGAAUCACACCCCAUCGCACUUGCUCAAGGAGAUCAUUCUGGUGGAUGACAACAGUGACAAUGUUGAGCUAAAAUUUAAUCUGGACCAGUACGUCAAUAAAAGAUACCCAGGUCUGGUGAAAAUAGUGCGCAAUAACAAACGAGAAGGACUGAUUCGAGCCAGAAUCCAAGGCUGGAAAGCGGCAACCUCUCCUGUCGUCGGGUUCUUUGAUGCUCACGUGGAGUUCAACAUUGGCUGGGUGGAACCUGCACUUACCCGGAUCAAAGAAGAUCGAAAGCGGAUCAUCUUACCAGCAAUUGACAAUAUCAAGUACAACACUUUUGAAGUGCAGCAAUACGCCAACGCAGCCCACGGCUAUAACUGGGGCCUCUGGUGCAUGUACAUAAUCCCACCGCAGGACUGGCUCGAUAAAGGGGAUGAGUCAGCUCCCAUCAGGACACCAGCCAUGAUUGGAUGCUCGUUUGUAGUGGACCGAGAGUAUUUUGGUGAGAUUGGCUUGCUUGACCCUGGUAUGGAGGUCUAUGGAGGAGAAAACAUUGAAUUAGGCAUGAGGGUCUGGCAGUGCGGAGGAAGCAUGGAGGUGUUACCCUGUUCUCGCGUGGCACAUAUUGAACGCACGAAGAAACCCUACAACAAUGACAUCGAUUACUAUGCAAAGCGCAACGCCCUGCGGGCCGCGGAGGUCUGGAUGGAUGACUUCAAGUCGCAUGUUUACAUGGCGUGGAACAUCCCCAUGGCAAACCCUGGAGUUGACUUUGGAGACGUUUCUGAAAGAAUAGCUCUACGACAGCGACUGCAGUGCCGGAGUUUUAAGUGGUACUUGGAGAAUGUCUAUCCUGAAAUGAGGGUUUAUAAUAAUACAGUCACUUAUGGAGAGGUACGUAACAGCAAAGCUAGUGGCUACUGCUUGGAUCAGGGAGCGGAAGAGGAUGACAAAGCAAUCCUUUAUCCAUGCCAUGGAAUGUCCUCUCAGCUUGUCCGCUACAGCUCGGAAGGUGUCCUGCAGCUGGGGCCGCUGGGCUCCACGGCCUUUCUGCCCGACUCCAAAUGCCUCGUCGACGACGGGAAGGGCAGGACACCGACUCUGAAGAAGUGCGAAGACGUCCUGAGGCCAGCACAGAGGUUCUGGGAUUUCACACAGAAUGGUCCAAUCAUCAGCAGAGACACUGGCCGUUGUCUAGAAGUGGAAAUGUCAAAGGAUGCAAAUUUUGGGCUCAGAUUGGUCGUACAAAGGUGCUCGGGGCAAAAAUGGAUGAUUAGAAACUGGAUAAAACAUGGCCGACACUGACUGCUGGGGCUGGAAAGCUGCCUCUCCUGCCGUUGUCCAUUGCUCAGUGUGCCAUAUCUUGCAAGGCAUUUGUCUUAAAGCGAAUUAGUUUGACCAGGACUUGGCUCUCGAGCGUCCUCCACAGUUGGGCAUUCA